AUGGUUCAAUCAUCUGUUCUGGGUUUCCCCCGCAUGGGUAAGCUUCGUGACCUGAAGAAGGCCACUGAAGCUUACUGGGGUGGAAAGAUCUCCCGUGACGAGCUCCUCGCUGAGGGCAAGCGUCUCCGUCUGGAGCACUGGAAGAUCCAGCAGGAUGCCGGUGUCGAUGUUAUUCCCAGCAACGACUUCGCUUUCUACGAUCAGGUCCUUGACCACCACCAGCUCUUCGGUACCAUCCCCGAGCGUUACUCCAAGUACAACCUCCACGCUCUUGAUGAGUACUUCGCCAUGGGCCGUGGUCUCCAGAAGCCCGAGGAGGGCAUUGAUGUUCCCGCCCUCGAGAUGGUCAAGUGGUUCGACUCUAACUACCACUACGUCAAGCCCACUCUCCAGGACAACCAGCAGUACAAGCUUGCCGCUGAGCCCAAGCCCGUCACUGAGUUCCUCGAGGCCAAGGCCGCUGGCAUUGUCACCCGCCCCGUCAUCCUGGGUCCCGUCUCUUUCCUGACCCUCGCCAAGGCCGACCGUGGCCAGAGCGUCGAGCCCAUCUCCCAGCUCGACCAGCUCCUCCCCCUCUACGUUGAGCUGCUCUCCAAGCUCAAGGCUGCCGGUGUUGAGGAUGUCCAGAUCGAUGAGCCCGUCCUCGUCUUCGACCUUGCUGAGAAGAACAAGGCUGCCUUCAAGCCUGCCUACGAGAAGCUCGGCAGCCUCGGUGCCAACGCUCCCCGCAUCACCCUCGCUACCUACUUCGGUGACAUCGUCCACAACAUCGAUGUCCUCGCCAACCUCCAGAGCCUCCACUCCAUCCACAUCGACCUCGUCCGCAACCCCGAGCAGCUCGACACCGUUGUCGCCGCUCUCGGCCCCAACCAGGUCCUCUCCGCUGGUGUUGUUGACGGUCGUAACAUCUGGAAGACCAACUUCAAGGCCGCCAUCGAGAAGGUCGAGAACGCCAUUCAGAAGCUCGGCAAGGAGCGUGUCAUCGUCGCCACCUCCAGCUCCCUCCUCCACGUCCCCCACACUCUCGCCAGCGAGAAGACCCUCGACGCUGAGGUCCGUGACUGGUUCUCCUUCGCUGUUGAGAAGGCCUCCGAGGUUGCCGUGAUCGCCAAGGCUGUCACCGAGGGCCCCGCCGCUGUCCGUGAGCAGCUCGAGGCCAACGCCAAGUCUGUCCAGGCUCGUGCUUCCUCUGCCCGCACCAACGACCCCGCCGUCAAGGCCCGCCAGGCCGCCGUCACUGCCGACAUGCACAACCGUCGCUCUGAGUUCACCCAGCGUCUCGCUGAGCAGACCAAGACCCUCAAGCUUCCCCUCUUCCCCACCACCACUAUCGGUUCCUUCCCCCAGACCAAGGAGAUCCGUAUUCAGCGCAACAAGUUCACCAAGGGUGAGAUCACUCCUGAGGAGUACGAGAAGUUCAUCGAGGCCGAGAUCCGUGAGGUCGUCAAGAUCCAGGAGGAGCUUGACCUCGACGUCUUCGUCCACGGUGAGCCCGAGCGUAACGACAUGGUGCAGUACUUCGGUGAGCGCCUCACCGGUUACGUCUUCACCACCCACGCCUGGGUUCAGUCUUACGGCUCUCGUUGCGUGCGUCCCCCCAUCAUUGUCGGUGAUGUCUCUCGCCCCGCUGCCAUGACCGUCAAGGAGUCCAAGUACGCCGCUUCCGUCUCCCCCAAGCCCAUGAAGGGCAUGCUCACUGGUCCCAUCACCUGUCUCCGCUGGUCUUUCCCCCGUGACGAUGUCCACCAGUCCGUCCAGGCUCAGCAGCUCGCCCUCGCCAUCCGUGACGAGGUCGUUGACCUUGAGGCCGCUGGUAUCCAGGUCAUCCAGGUCGAUGAGCCCGCUCUCCGUGAGGGUCUUCCCCUCCGCACUGGCUCCGAGCGCGUUGCCUACCUCAAGUGGGCCGUCGACUCCUUCAAGCUGUCCACCGCCGGUGUCACCGACGGCACUCAGAUCCACUCUCACUUCUGUUACUCUGAGUUCCAGGACUUCUUCCACGCCAUCGCUGCCCUUGAUGCCGAUGUCCUCUCCAUUGAGAACUCCAAGUCCGAUGCCAAGCUGCUCCGCGUCUUCGUCGACGAGAAGUACCCCCGCCACAUCGGACCCGGUGUCUACGACAUCCACUCUCCCCGUAUCCCCUCCGAGGAGGAGAUCAAGGUCCGCAUUGAGGAGAUGCUGCAGUACCUCACCCCUGCUCAGCUCAACAUCAACCCUGACUGUGGUCUGAAGACCCGUGGCUGGACCGAGACCAAGGCCGCCCUUACCAACAUGGUCAACGCUGCCAAGUUCUUCCGUGCGAAGUACGCGCAGUAA